UCCAGACAAUGGAUCGGGAUGGAAAUGAGUUUCUGUUGAACGUGUGUGGUCCCCUGGUGGUCACUGACGUCCCUAGGUCAGGGUGUAAUCCCCAGGGAGUUUGUGGAUACUACAACGGAGAUUACGUAGGUAUGGGGAAGGUUCUCUCCUCGCCUCGAGUAGUAGCUAACGGUCAUAUUGAGCUACGGUACGAAGAGGGAGAUAUCUGUGAUGGUUCAGGAGGCACCUGGAGUUCUACAAUAUAUUUCACCUGUGCUGAAAUAAUUGACCCUAAAGCACCCUUUGGGAACCCUCGCCUUGUCUCUAUGGAUUCUACUAACUGUGAAGCAGUGUUUAAAGUUGCGACAAUACUUGCUUGUGCUAAUACAUCCAGGGAGAUGGAUAUCCAUGAGCCUGAUUCUUGUAAGAUCUAUCAUCCGGGUAGACAGAAGUAUGUAGAUCUAUCUAACCUGGAGAAACCAGGGAAAUAUAUAGUUCAAGAUCCGACCUCACAACAGGUUAAGUAUGAGAUCCAACCCUGUGGUUCUGUAGUAUCCAGCUGUGGAGGAUCUGUGUGUAAGGUUGAAGGGAUGAACAACUAUUCCCUCGGCAAGAUGAACGAUGUAAAAUAUUUCCCGGAGUCUGAGGAACUCAGGGUUAGAUAUCUAGAGGGAGACCUUUGUGGGAUUGAAAACAAAAGAUUCAUGACUAAAAUUUACUACAGCUGUGAUCCCAGCGCUGGAGUAGGAUCGCCUAGCCUGGACAAGAACGGUAAACUAGCUUGUAUGAUUAUCUUGAACUGGAGAACUAUUGAGCUGUGUACCAAGGAGGAGAUAGAUAGAUACAGACAAGAACAUUAUGAUCAUUGUGAUGAUUUAGGAGGAGGGAAGGUUGUAGAUGUAGAUAUCAAAGAUACAACUACUGUCAAGGAAUUAGUUCCUCCAAACACGGGAAUGUCCUGGGGUCAUAUAAUUAUUGUGCUGAUGAUGGUGGUCGGUAUAGCAGGAGGUGUUUAUAUAUACAGAACUCCAGGGGCCAGGGAGAGGGGUAACAGGACCCUCCAGGAGCUUAGGGCCAGGUUGCCUGUUGUGCUGGGCGGACGAUCCAGGAAUGAUUCUACUCUACUCGUCUCUAGUCCUGGAGCUCUCUUUUCGGAUGAGGACGAAUAUUCUUAGUCAAUAUAUUUUCAUCUAUCGUCCUUCUACCACCUUUAUCCGUCCUCAUUAACGCAUUUUUAUGCUAAACUUCGAUUUGUCAAAUCAUCGACCUUACGUAUCCUUUUAGAAACAUUUAUUAUUCAAUUUUAAUUCCAUUCCAUUUAAUUCCAUUAAUGAAUAGAGAGGCAGGGUUGGUUAAACUACUUCUGCGAGGUUAAGCUACUUUUCACUAUUCAUUGAAUCUGGUUCCAGUGCAGAAGAAAUUUUUUAAACUCAAAUUGAUGUUUGAAACUUAUAAUUGUGAUAUAUCCAGCUAGGAUAUUCAAAAAGUAUCAAAAUAUUCAAACUUGGAUCUAAAUGUCAAAAAAUAGACAAUUUGACAUUAAACUAAAAAGACCCGCAAACUUUAUGCUCGUAACAUUCCAUCAAUAUAAUAUAUAUGUGUGGUAUUAACUCAGUGUAUAGCAAAUCUAUUAUUAUUAUUAUUAUUAUUAUUUUAAUCAUUAUCAAUGCUGUCGUUAAAAUCUUCAUUUGUGAAAACUGUUUGAAGGGAAUAUAUGCGUAAUUUCAAGUAACCCUCCAUUGAUAGAGUGGCAUGUCCUUAUUAACAACAGUACCAGUAACAACUUUGUCUAUUCAAGAAUAUAUUAAGAUAUCCAUGCUUUUUUGGGGGUAACGGUUUGUUUUCAUAUGAGUUUUCCUUACAAACGCGACUAGCGCAUUUCUUCCUUCAGAAAACAAAUGCUCGAAAUAACAGAAUUAAACACUUUUUAAGCCAGAAAAACGAAGUUUUUUCCACAUACUUGAUCAGAAAAAGUUGUGUUAAAUAAACUAUCUUGAAUCUGGCAUGCUUCUCUUAAAAUAUGGGUAAUUAGGACUCUUCAAGUUGUUCGUUUCCAUUAAAUAUCUGUGAUUGUGAAACAAGGUUUAAAGCAUAGUUUACCCUUUAUUAUGAAAAUGACUGAUGAAAUUUACAAAAACUUGUUCUUCAACGUAAAAACGUGAUUUUCAAAAGAUCUGUAUUCUAUUUAUCACGUGAAUCAGACAUUAAAAAUCCGAUGUUGCUUGUUGUCAGCUAAUCCGAUUUCAAGCAAUUUUUUCCCAAAAAAAUGAUUUACAGAAGAAAAAAAAAUUAACCGUCCAUCACCGCGACCCCUUUCUAUAAACAUAUCUGCAGUCUACAAUCUACAUGUAUGCCCGUGCCAUAUCAAUAGAACCUUCUCAACAUUUCAGUGCCUUCAAUUUCUAUAUAUUAAGAUUUAUUGAGACGGGUUCUUCAUUUCAAUCUAUAAAACGACAUAAAUUUGGAUUCGCACCAUAUUAUUAAAUAUCUGUUAAAAAUGUAUUGUAUGUAUUUGUUAGACAUUUAGCAUUUAAAUUUUUUUCAGCUUAGGUUGUGUAACAAGGACUCAAAAGUGAAGUAGUUGUCUGUUUCAGA